UUUCCACCGCCAACGAAUAUGCCUGCAAGGGGCUGGACAAGCUGGAGGAGAAGCUGCCCAUCCUGCAGCAGCCCACGGAGAAGCUCAUCUCAGACACCAAGCAGCUGGUGACCUCCACGGUGACGGGGGCCAAGGAUGUCCUGACCAGCACGGUGGCCGGGGCCAAGGACGCGGUGACCAGCCGGGUGACGGGGGUGAUGGACAUGACCAUGGGGGCCGUGCAGGGCAGCAUGGAGCUCACCAAAUCGGCCGUGACCAGCGGCGUCAACACCGUCAUGGGCUCCACCGUGGGCCAGAUGGUGGUGAGCGGUGUGGGCUCCAUGCUGGAGAAGUCGGAGGAGCUGGUGGACCAUUACCUGCCCAUGACGGACGAGGAGCUGGCCAGGCUGGCCACGGCCGUGGAGGGCUUCGAACCGGAGCAGCAGAAGCAGCAGCAGAGCUACUUCGUGCGCCUGGGCUCCCUCUCGACCAAACUGCGGCACCGAGCCCUCCAGCACUCGCUGGCCAAGCUGCAGAGCGCCCGCCGCAGCAGCCAGGACCUGCUGGCCCAGCUCCAGUGCACCCUCGACCUG